AUUUGUGAUAGAAGUCACUUUCACAUCUGGAUUUUUUUAUUUGCAAGUGGGUGGUUGUUUUAAUUUGAUGGAAACCCCUAAUCCCAGAUGCUUUAUGUUGCUGCAACUUGCAUCCAUCUUUCGUACUUGAUCAAGAUCUUCAAGCGGGCCCUUUCUACAAAAACCUUUGCUCCGUACCAAAUUAUAUAAAUAUUAUAUUCCAUCUCUCUCCGAUACUUAUAUAUUCAACCCCUCAAAUUCUACAUUCGAGUAUCAAAGAUGGUUAAAGUUGGAGCAGCGGAGCAAGAUCUGCAUUUGAAAAGUGAGGAUAAUGGUGUUGCAAAUGCUGCAAACCCUAGUGGUUUCGAUCCAAUGGAAGAGGAGCAGCAUCAGCAUCACCAUGGUGUUGUGUGGGUUGAUGAUAGAGAGCAAGACAGCCUUCUCGAUGUGAAUGAAGCUUCCAUUUUCUACGACGACUUCCCCCCGCUGCCGGAUUUCCCUUGUAUGUCCUCCUCUUCGUCUUCCUCGUCCACGCAGCCCGUGUCGAAGCCCAUCGCGGGCACAUCUUCCUCCUCUUCCGCCACCUCGGCCGCCUCGUGGGCGGCGGUGGCGGAGGAGGUCAAGAUGGAGGCCUCAUCCACGGCGGUGGCGGCGCCGGAUUGCAUGGAUGUGAUGGAGAACUUCGGGUACAUGGAUCUCAUCGACUGCAACGACCUCUGGGACCCGUCCUCGGUUUUCCAGAGCGAAAACCCUCAAGAGAUGUUGGAAGACCAACAGGCGGCGGCGGUGACGGCGGCGCCCGCUGGGGAGGAAGAGAAGGACGGUUUGAGCUUCCUGCAGGGGAACAGCGAGCUGGCGAUGAUCUUCUUCGAAUGGCUGAAACAAAACAAGGAUUACAUCUCUGCUGAAGAUAUGAGAAGCAUCAAGCUGAAGCGGUCCACCAUUGAAAGCGCGUCGAAGCGUUUGGGAAGCACUAAAGAAGGAAAGAAACAGCUUCUUAAACUGAUACUGGAGUGGGUGGAGCAGUACCAGCUGCAGAAGAAGGCGCGCCUGCCACUGCCAGUGCCGGAACCCCAAUCUCCUUUCGCCUUCGAUGACACUCUUCAAAUCCCUGCAGAUCCCAAUUUCAUGUUCAAUGCGGAUCCAAACCCUACCACCCAGCACUGGAUGCAAGACCCCACCCCGCCCCCGCCCCCGCCGCCGUCUUUUGCUCCUCCGAUGAUGCCUGCCUACAGCGGGGAUCCUUACAUGAAUCACGGAGUUGUGAACGGCAUCCCUUAUGGGGAAUAUCCGCCGUCGUGGGCCUUCCCGCAGUUUACUCCUUUCCCUGAUAAUGGCUCCGCCACCAUUAUCAACCGGCAGCAGCAGCAGCAGCAGAGUUUGUACGCUAAUCCCUAUCAAAUGUACGAUCCAAAUGGGGAAAGAUUGGCGAUGAGACUGGGCUCUUCUGCGACUAAAGAGGCGAGGAAGAAGAGAAUGGCCCGCCAGCGCCGCCUCUAUUCGCACCAUCACCGUCACUCUACCAACUCCAACCAGCAUCAAAACCAACUCAACGAUCCUCCUGACGCCGAUCAGGGUGCUUCUCCGGGGGAUUGGGUGUACUGGUCUCCAGCCGGCGCCUCUUCUCCGACGCUGCAGGCGCCUGCGGAUGCUAAUUCUGCGGAUCGGGCCACCAUGCAGCCGCAAAAUUGUCAACGACAGGCUGCUGCCGGUGGCGGUGGCGCUUCUGAUCGGCGGCAACAGCAGGGUUGGAAGACGGAAAAGAACUUGAAGUUUUUGCUACAGAAAGUGUUGAAGCAAAGUGAUGUUGGUAACCUCGGAAGAAUUGUGUUGCCAAAAAAAGAGGCUGAAAGCCAUCUCCCAGAACUGGAAACAAGAGAUGGGAUUUCCAUUGCCAUGGAAGACAUUGGAACUUCUCGCAUUUGGAAUAUGCGUUAUAGGUUUUGGCCUAAUAACAAAAGCCGAAUGUACCUUCUUGAGAACACAGGGGAUUUUGUGAGGGUGAAUGGACUUCAAGAAGGAGAUUUCAUUGUCAUCUACUCGGAUACAAAAUGCGGCAAAUAUAUGAUCCGAGGAGUGAAAGUGCGACAGGCGGGUGGAAAGUUGGAGGGCAAGAAACCGGCGAGGAGAAACAUACGCAACAUAUCAUCGCUUGCCGGUAACAGCUCCUCACUUGCACCUAUCAGACAAGCUGUAAGAUGAAAAUUGGGGUUCCAAUUCACAAUGUUUGGGGUUUAACUUGUGGUGUAUGAUUUCAUUGGCUCCAAAUCACAUGUUUUAAUUUUAGAACCAAGCAAAAGUGUGUUAUGUAUAGUCAUAUGUAGUUGGGAAAUGAUGAUCUGGUCCUAAUAGCGAGUGGUACAUAAAUAUUUUGGUUCAAACUCUCCUAGCUUGCAGUGUUGAGGGCCUCCUGCUAGGUUAUUUUGCACCUUCACCAACUACUACUUAAUUUGUCUUUAUAUUGUUAUUACCUAAG